AUGGCUUCUGUGACUGUCUCAAACAUUGUCUCGAGAAGUGCUCAUGGAGCAUGUGACGUGGAGCCAAGAACAUCAGGGAACAGGAAGGCUCUUUGCCUUAGAAGCCAGUCGACCACGUUUCAUGGGCUGAGAUCUCUCAACAAAGUGGAUUCAUUUCAAAAACCGAAAAAUGGGAAAGCAAGCUUCACACAAGCUCCAAACAAAGGAGUUCGGUCUGGGAAAUCUAAACAUUCUGGAGCCAUCGUUUGUGGCAUGGACAUUGUCUUCGUAUCAACCGAAGUUGCCCCAUGGAGUAAAACCGGGGGUUUAGGUGACGUUGUUGGUGGAUUGCCUCCUGCCCUGGCGGUGAGCGGAAACUAUCUGCUACUUUUUCCUUCUAUUUAAAUCCACAUAACUAACCUGUAUGGGGAUAAACUAUUCCAGAAAAAUGGCAAUCGUGUUAUGACCGUAUCCCCACGUUAUGAUCAAUAUAAGGAGGCUUGGGAUACAAGUGUUCUGCUCGAGGUAGGUUCAGCUUACAAUUGUCUUGUUUACCUGUAUAUAGCAUAUAUAUCUCCCAAUCCGUAUCAGUUCUUCAUUCUGUCUUGAUAACUGUCCCAGACACUGGAGUCUUGCUCUUUUCUUACGUUGUCAAUUUUCCAUCUUUUUCGCAGCUGAAAGUUGCGGACAAAGUGUAUACUGUUCGUUUCUUCCACUGCCACAGAAAGGGUGUCGAUCGUGUCUUUGUUGAUCAUCCUUUGUUCCUCGAAAAGGUGGUUCUGUUUUCCUCUUAUUGACCUUCCUUUUUGGUUGAUAUAAGAGGGAGAGUCCGUGUCCCGCUUCAGUUUUCUGAUCAAUCGAAGGGGAUCUAAUACGAAUUUUUCCAGGUAUGGGGAAAAACCGGAGGAAAAUUGUAUGGCCCUGUGGCUGGAGAAGAUUACCAAGACAACCAGAUUAGGUUUAUCCUUCUGUCUCUUGUAAGUAUCCUACUUUAUAAAGGUUUAUAUUUUUAACUUUUGUCUCUGAUUUUGGUUUUAAACUCCUGAGAGUUAUUUCACCAAAACAACUAGAGAAAAUAUUAAAGGAAUCAACUGGUUAACUUACUAAACAAGCAGACCCCACCAACAAUUAGGCAGGGUCUUUUAGAUCUUUCAGAAUUUACACCAUCGCAACCGUAAGCAUUAACAUCUUUAUUUUUUUACGUGAUAUUUAUUCAUUCAUGGGAUCUUUUUUUCACCAGAAUGAUUGGACAAAAUUGCUGUUACUCAUAAAAGAAUCAACCGGUAACUCAUAGACUAAGAAGUUACCUCGCUAUGAAUCAUGGAGGUUUCACAGGAGCGGUGGCUAAUUCUACCUGUUGUUUUGUUUUGUCUUAGAUAGCUCCAUAACAGUCGAACAGGAGACAUUUUCUUGACGACAGGACAAGGGUCUUCAAUGAGCUACACCCUUAAUCGUGGAAUGUACGAACAUUGAAAGAUACAAGUUCAUUCAUUCCAGAACAUCAUUAAAACUGAAAAAAAAAGAGAGAAUGCCAUGGAUAAAAGGAUUUACUCGGUACGAAUUUAUUAACACGCUGUUGUAGACUAGUCAAGCUCCAAAAUUAAAGUAACGUGCUGGUGUACGUGGAUUAUUUACGAGGAUUCUGAUAGUGCUAAAGUCGGCAGCUACCCUUGUCUUGUAUUUGAGCUAACAGAUGUUUUCGUUUCUUUUCUAUUUUCCUUGAGGAAAAAAAAAAUCCAAUAAUUUCUUGUCAUCCAUGUGUUUUCGGUUUCUGAGGCCUGAACUGUCUUUGUAAUUGUGGCUUUCAGGCUGCUUUGGAAGCUCCACUCAUUCUAAACCUCAAGGGUAGCAAAUCCUAUUCUGGGCCUUAUGGUACGAAGCCGUUUCAUUAUCAGCGUUAUGGUUUAAUCUCACUAUUGCUCAAGUUUUGUGAUCACUGUUGCUUCAUCCUUUCUAACAACAGGGGAAGAUGUUGUAUUUGUAUGUAAUGACUGGCACACAGCAGUUCUCCCAUGCUACUUGAAGACCUUGUACAAGUCACAUGGGAUAUACAAAAAUGCAAAGGCAUGCAUUGCCUGAAACCGGCCAUUCGUUCAAAAAAAAUUGUCUGUGGCGGUAGAUGGGCUUGACGUUGGCUUUGAUAUGAUUGACAGGUGGCCUUCUGCAUUCAUAACAUUGCCUACCAGGGCAGAUUUGCCUUCUCCGACUUUUCAUAUCUCAAUCUCCCAGAAAGCUUCAAGAGCUCCUUCGAUUUUAUUGAUGGGUAUGGGGAUACUCAUUCAUCUUGACAUAAUUGCACCCCUUCUAGACAUGUUUACAUUUGCAUAGAUACACAGUUCUUUAAAAAAUUCCUUCUUGUAGAUAUGAAAAGCCUGUGAAAGGGAGAAAAAUCAACUGGAUGAAAGCUGGAAUUCUAGAAUCCGACAAGGUUUUGACUGUAAGCCCAUAUUACGCCGAAGAGGUGGUCUCUGAUCCCGCCAAGGGUGUCGAGCUGGAUAACUUCAUUCGCAAGAAACGCAUUAGCGGAAUCGUGAACGGAAUGGAUGUUGAUGUGUGGAAUCCAUCAAUUGACAAAUACAUCUCUGCAAAUUAUGAUGCUAAAACGGUACUUCCCUCAAUCGAGCAAAGCUCAUGCCUACAGAUCAUUCUAUCUAUGCUCAUGGAAUCAAAUUGUCAGGUCCUAGAUGCAAAACCCCUGAACAAGGAAGACGUGCAAGCAUCCCUCGGGCUGCCUGUGGACCCCAAUGCUCUUCUCUUAGCUUUCAUUGGUAGGCUGGAGGAGCAGAAAGGCUCAGACGUAUUGGCCGAGGCCAUUCCCAAGUUCAUCGACGAGAAUAUCCAGAUGGUGGUCCUUGUAAGCACCAGGAACCCCGGCCGUAUUGUCCAAUGCUGAACGGUUUCACUCGUCGUUCUCACUCUUUCCAUGUUUUGUUCCAGGGGACCGGGAAGAAGGUCAUGGAGAAGCAGCUCAAGAAGAUCGAGGAGGCCUAUCCAGACAACGUGAGAGCGGUAGCUAAGUUCGACCCCGUCCUGGCCCACAAGCUGUUCGCCGGAGCUGACCUCAUGGUCAUCCCCAGCAGAUUUGAGCCGUGCGGUAUUGUUCAGUUGCAGGCCAUGAACUACGGAACGGUAUGGUUCUUCUUCAGCUAAUUUCUCAUGAUCUUGAUAUUUUCCAAUGAGGAGCAACUGAAAAGGGAGGUCGUCGUUCUAUGCUGUGUUCUUGCGCAGCCGUCGCUGGUCACGAGCACGGGCGGACUGGUGAACACCGUCCUCGACGGCUACACCGGCUUCCACAUGGGAGCUUUCAACAUUGACGUAAGGACCUCCGCCGCCCCCGCCGCUGCCAGCCACUCGUACUCCACCAACCCAUCUCUUUGUUUACACCAUUGCUCACGCGAUCCAUCUUCUCGCCAGUGCGACGCCGUCGACCCGCAGGACGUGGACGCGAUCGUCUCGGCCGUGAAGCGGGCCAGCGGAAUCUUUGGGACGGAGCAAUUCGAGGAGAUUAUCCAGAACUGCAUGGCUCAGGACCUCUCCUGGGAGGUGAACACCGGCCCCUUUCCGUAGCCCCCACUCCUCCGAUCUUCUCCCUUCUCUCAUGCUCUCCUCAACACUCCUCUCUCGUGCUCCAGGAGCCCGCCAAGAAGUGGGAGGAGGAGCUCUCGACCCUCCUUUCUGCCGGAAGCGAGCCAGUCGCUGCCGAGGCCGUGGCCGACAAGGAGGUCUUGUCCACCGCUUGA